AUGAUGAAGAAGAGGUUCCGGGCCAUCUUCUUUCACACCCUGGAGGUGCACCACACCUUUGCACCAAAUGUCAUCGCCGCUUGUGCUGUCCUUCACAACAUCUGCCUUGGGGUUGGAGAUGUUGUGGCCCCAGAGGACAACACAGAGGAGGAUGAGGGGGAGGAGGACACCGUCUCAGCAGCGCAGUGGAGAGACCGUCUGUCUGCUGAGAUGUCUGCCCUGGAGGAGGUGCAAAUGCACCAUGAGUACCUUAGCUCGUACCUCCAGGCCGUGCUGGCGGAGAACUUCGCCCCAGUGAAGAGGACGUCGUUCUCCGCCCGCACCCUUAUGAAGGUCUCCGUCAUCUCCUUCGUCCCUAUGAACAAAAUAAAACGUUAA